AUGAAGCGCCGAGUGCUGUUCCUCUCGGCGAUCAUAGCAACCUACGUCGUGGUCAAUGCGUUGGUGCAAUAUGUGUUCGAUGCAGCGGCCAUUGAGACUGCCCUGGAACAGAUUCGCUCUGUCACGGACGUCAAGGGCGGCCCGGUACUUGCCAAGCUACUUUUACGCCACCGGGUUUGCAGAAAGCUGGUCUAG